CGACGCCCUCCGAUGGAGGAGUGGUCUCUCCUCGCCCUCGAUGCUCGCCAGUCUCGUCCGAGCUCCCUUGCCGAGCGGUCGUACACGAUCUCCCCUCAUGUCCUGUACGGCGCGCCGAGUUCUCGGUCGGAUACGUCGACCCUGGUCUGACUGACGUGCUCAAGAUGCGCUUGCGUCGAACUUGGCUGGCGACGGCCGGGCUCGCCUUCUGUCUGGGCAUGACGGUCGGAGUGUUUCUACCCCUCAGAGAGUUGGCUCUGAAGCGGACACGUGUUCUGAGACGUGCUCACAAUGCGUCGGAGGACUCCGAGGUGAACCGGAGAGAAGGAACUCCCGGAUCCGUCACGGAGGAGCCCAUGGUGAACGGCAUCUACUGGACUGAACGUGCUGAACGGUUGGUGAGUCCCGGUUUUAGCGACGCAGACCUUCACCUGUGGCGAAAGAAGACUCGUCAUGCCUCCGUACGUGCCGUGCGAGAAGGUUGUGGCCGAAUGCAGAACAGGCUGGUGAUGUUCGAUUCGGGUACGUGGAGUUGCGCUCGCUACCGACAGAACAACGACCAGAUCCAGGGUGAACUGUUUUCCUUCUACUUAGCUCGGGAAAUGGGCAUGAGGAAUCUUCCUCCGGCAGUGCUGGCUCGCGCCGGAGGGCCCGGGUGGCAUGCCGUGCGACCUCAAUUACAGUUGGCGCAGUGGCGGUCCGACAGGCCCGUGGUGUUGACUCACUUCGUGGACGACCUCACCGCCGCCUACAUACCAGAGGUGUUCCGAGGUCCCGAGCGACGUCUGCAUCCACAAGACGUCAGCAACAGGUCUCAAGACGAGAUACGGGACUUGGUACAGUGGUCCGACCUUAUUGUGUUCGACUACCUGACGGCGAACUUGGAUCGCGUUGUAAAUAACAUGUUCAACCAGCAGUGGAACCCGGACAUGAUGAAAGCUCCCGCGCAUAAUCUGGCGCGCCAAGGUACGACGGGGCUCCUUGUGUUCCUGGACAACGAGUCCGGACUGGUCCAUGGAUACAGACUCCUGGAGAAGUAUGAGUCGUACCACCUUUCGCUUCUGGACGCGUUGUGUGUUUUCAGGAAAUCCACGGCGGACGCCUUGGAGAAACUCACUCGUGAGAAGGACAUCGGAUCGAGACUUUUACGUGCUUUCAACACCAGCGAGCCGGGUAUGGAUAACUACUUGCCCUUCCUACCGGGACGAAGUGUGACAAUAUUGAACAAGCGACUAGCGCUAGUGAACGAUCGAGUGACUCGCUGCAGGGAUACGUACGGUGCGCUGCGGUCUUUGGGGUGAGUCUUUUGUGAUAAUGGACCCGAUGGUCCUUUGCCGCCAAAGAACAUUCAUGCCGGUUGACGUCUGUCAGGCAUUCCUCUCUCAUGACGGCUUCGAUCAGCCCGUUGUCACGUUGACGUGAAAUCUAAGAAAUCGCUCUUAGUAAAAGAGGCAGCACGAUAAUAUGGGCUGGUUUUAUUAUACGUAUAAGGCGAGCGAGUACGUUGGUACGUAUUUUUGUUUUUGCUGGCGAUACGGUACAUUGAAGCAUAUGCUUAGCGAUGCGUCAGUAUGUAUACUGCCUCGUACUGAAAUGAGCCAAGAAAAACAACCUCAAAGCACUUGUUGCCCACGGAUUUGUCUCUUCGUGCUAUAAAAAAGAAAAAAAAGAGGAAAGAAAAAACCUCAAGAAAAAACAAGUUUGUUCUACGUAUGUUCGCUCACGAAUGUUCAAAUGCUCGAAAAUAUAUAAGGUCGAAUCGACUGCGAAGGAGAGGUUAUAAUAUAGGAGUAUAUGCUCUACACGAGCCCGUGUAGCGAGAGCAACAACAAUUUUACGCAGCUUUGUCUAAGUGGUAUAUAGUGCUUCGUCCGUGGGGAAGUGCUCACUUCCUUUAAAUAUAAUAUCUACAACUAUUUCCUCACACUGUCAAACGAAACAACAACAACAACAAAAAAAAGUUAUAUUUCCUUCGAUUUUUGUUAAAGGUUGAAUGAGAUGAAAUUAUCGGAAAACUGUUAUUAUCGCGUGAGUUCCUAGAUUGACAUCCAGGGUUUGGGUCUUCUAUACCGUUUGUCCACAAAAUCUAUUUGUCCACCACGUGACACCUAUUAUGUGGACAGAGCAAUACCUUGUCUCACACUCUCAGAACUCUCUCCAACACUUUUAUAGUUGUCAAAUUAAUUGCUCGAGUGACGAGUUAGCCACGCUGUGCUGUAUUUCGCUCCCCUCCAUUUUUUUAGUUAAUUAUCUUUCUACCUCACCAAUCACCGCCAUUUUUCCAGCAAGCUAAUAUUGUUUUUAGUGCAUAAUCAUCAUCGAAUCAUGUAGGUCGUAGCAGUGACGCAAAGUGCACUAGAAGUCUUUUCUUUUUUUCAGUGCCCCCCCCCCCCCUCCCUGAGUCGCACGUUAAGCACAUGAAAACGAGCAAAGUGCUCUAUUUGUAGUGUGAUGAACGUUUUAGUACAUUGGCAGAAUUCCUUUCUGCAGGACGGAAACAGCGUAAAAAUGUCCAGUUGAUGGCUUGACUGGCAACUGUGUUCACAGUUCACACUCCCACGCACACGAAUUUAUUUGGAGUUUGGCUUUAGCUCGUGUCACUAUCAUAUCAGUAUUAUAGUAACAAUUCCCCCGCAAAUUUAUUUGGAGUUCCACGUGGCUUUGAGUUUCUAAUAAUACUGAUAUGAUAGUGAUAUAUGAGCUUAAGCCAAACAGUCUUUCCAUCCUCUUUGGCGAAUUUAAGUUCCUGCCAAUUACUUUUCGAUUUUUGAGUUCUGCCGAAAAAAGCGAAACAACAACACAGACACACACACACAAAAAGAACACUUCUACAACCCCUUUCUCGCUUCCCGCAAAGUUGAAUGGAAAAGAGGCACUCGAAACUCCUUUGAACCCCCUCUGCUCUCAUUACGCGACAUCGAGUUACUCCCGUACUCGUAGUGUAACAAACUCUGCGAAUGAAUGGCCAUGAACAUGCAUAACUCCCUCACAUAUGUCACAGGGUAUACAGUGAACCCUCGUUAUUAUGACCAUGAUCGUUCCCGAAAAUUUUGGUCAUAAUGCGGAAUUGUCAUAUUAACGGAGGGGAUUUGCAGAGAUUUCACUCCCUUACAUAUGUCACAGGGUAUAUAUGGGAACCCUCGUUAUUAUGACCACGAUCGUUCCCGAAAAUUUUGGUUAUAAUGCGGAAUUGUCAUAUUAACGGAGGGAUUUGCAGAGAUUUCACUCCCUUACAUAUGUCACAGGGUGUAUAUGGGAACCCUCGUUAUUAUGACCACGAUCGUUCCCGAAAAUUUUGGUCAUAACGCGGAAUUGUCAUAUUAACUGGGGGGAUUUGCAGAGAUUUCACUGCAUUGUUCCCCAGGAGUAUGGUCGUAAAGCGCGUAUGUCAGAUUAUCGGGGGUCAUAUUAACGAGGUUUCACUGUAUAUGGGAACGCAAAGAAAGGAGACUCUUUUGCCCUGGAAGUUAAGUAAGGGAUGAAGAGUAGAGGAGUUCAGCUUUGGUACAUUUUAUUAAUAAGGAAUUAUGAGAGAAAAAGCCGGGAUAUAAAAGGAAUUAUAUUUGCAGCUUAGCUACCGAGCAGGGAGUUACGAAAAAUGAA